AUGAGCUGGGAGGACAAGGAGGCCGCGGCCGUCAAGGAGCUCGUCGCGUCGCUCCCGGCCUGGGAGGGGUCGCUGGAGCCGGACACGACCCUACCCUUCGCGUCGGCGCUGCGGACCGGCGCGCUCGACUGCGGCCUCCGCUACUACCACCGGCGCAACGCCGAGCCGCGGGACCGCGUCGAGCUCGUCGUCGCCGUGCGCGCGGGGUCCAUCGACGAGCGCGACGAGGAGCGCGGCCUGGCCCACGUGCUCGAGCACCUCGCGUUCCGCGCGCAGAGCGACGAGGACGGGUCCUGGGGCGUGCUGCGGGAGCUCGAGGCGCACGGCGUCAAGUUCGGGAGCCACCAGAACGCGUACACGUCCUUCGAGGAGACGUGCUACUGGUUGCACGUGCCCUCGGACUUCUUCGGCCGCGCGCUCGAGCUCCUGGGCGCCCUCGUCGGCGACGUGCGCAUCUCGGACGACGACGUCGACAAGGAGCGGGCCAUCGUGCUCGAGGAGUGGCGCCAGGGCAAGGACUGGGCGCAGCGCGCGGCCGAGAGCCACUUCCGCUUCACGUUCGCCGGGAGCCGCCUCGCGGACCGGCUGCCCAUCGGGUCGCUCGACGUCGUGCGCACGGCGACGGCCGAGACGCUCCGCGAUUUCUACGAGCGGCACUACGUCGCCGAGAACAUGGCCGUCGUCGUCGUCGGCGACGUCCCCGCGGAGACGGAUAUCGCCCAGGCCAUCGACGCCGCCUUCUCCAAGCACUUCGACGCGCGGCGGACGUCCGACCGCCCCUGGCCGCGCGACGCGGCGGCUUUUUAUCCCGCGGGCGCGGACGCGUUCGGGAGCCGCGUGCUCCAAAAGGUCGCCGAGGGAGAAACCCCGAAGCUGCGCGUCAACGUCUACGAGGACGCCGAGGCGACGUCGACGGCCGCGACGCUGAGCUGCUGCCGGCCCUUCGUCGCGCCGGCGACGGUCGGUAGCUUCGAGACGUGGCUCCUCGACGACGUCUACCAGCAGAUCCUGAAUCGGCGGCUCCAGAAGCUCAGCAUGCUCGCGACGCCGCCCUUCGCGCACGCGUCCGCGGGCACGGAGCGGCCCGUGUGCCUCGCGGCCUCCGGGCGCGCGGUGUCCGUGGCGACGCUGUCCGUGCAGCCGCUGACGCGCGGCGACGCCGCACAAGCCCUGGCCGCCGCCUGGCGCUGCGUCGAGGACACGCGCGCGGGCGUUUCGGAGGAGGAGCUCCGCAUGGCGAAGCGCGAGAUCCUCUCGGAUCUGAAGAUGCAGUGGCUCGAGAAGGAGCAGCAGGAAAGUUCGACGCUCGCCGACGAGGCGCGCGACCACUUCCUGCUGCGCAUGCCGCCGCUCGACGUGCGGGACGAGGUCGCGCUGACGGCGGCCAUCUUGGACGCCGUCGUGGGUUGCACGCAGCCCCUGCCCCGCGCGCGCUGGUUCGCGCGCCUGCGCGGGCUCGACGCGGCGGAGGCCGGCGCGGCGGCGACGGCGGACGCGCUGCGAGGCGCCGUGCUCGACUUCGCGGGCGCGGCGGGAUCGUCCGCGGCCGACGAGGCCUUCGACGCGGCGGCGUUCUUCGGCCCCGUCGCGGACGAGCAGGGCCAGGUCGUGUCGAAGGCGCGCCACGACCUGCCGGGCCUGGCGACGCCGGCGCUGGAGCUCCGGCUCGACAACGGCCUCACGGUCGUCUUCCUGCGGACGGACUUCCGCGACGACGAGGUCGUCUUGUACGGCGCGGCCCCGGGCGGCCUGUCGACGGUCUGCGGCCGGUCGGCGACGCUGACGCCCCUGGCCUUCGCCGCGCGCUUCGCGAGCUCGCUGGCGCGCGAGUACGGGCCCUUUGGGGCGCCCAAGGCCCUCCUCGCGGACGCGCUCGGCGGCCGGCGCGUGCGCCUGGACGCGGACGUCGACGCCUACCGGCGCGUGCUCAGCGGCGACUGCGCCGUCGACGAGCUCGAGACGUUAUUGGCGUUGACGGCGCGCCACUUCCACGAGCCGCUGAAGCGCAGCGCCGGGCGGCUCGAGACGUUGAAGCGGUUGGCGCGGGAGAACGUCCGCGAGCGGUGGCGCGACCCCAAGGCGCGCUACGCCAAGGCCAUCGACGAGGUGAACACGCGGGACCACCCCUACUGGCGGCCCGCGUCCCUCGCGGACGUGGACACCUUCGACGCGGCGGCGAGCGCCGACUUUUACGACGCCGCGUUCUCGUCGCCGGAGGGCUUCGCGCUGUGCUUCUCGGGCACGUUCGACGUCGACGACGGCGCGCUCGAGGAGCUCGUCAAGGCCUACCUGGGC